AAGUUAAUUCUUUUUGUGACAAACAACAACGAAUUAGUGUUCAACAAACAGUUGUAAGUGAAACUAAUGCUGCAUAGUGAGUGUGUCUGUGGCAGGGCGUGCGCGAAACCGAAUCAAAUUACACAAGUGUAAAACGUGAAAAAUUUUCGAAGACCCAAACAAAUAUUGAUUUUUUCAUAGAAAAGAGUACCGCGAGCUAACUCUUCUUCUUAUUGUUGUUGUUGUUUUGUGCGUAUUAAUUUUAGUAAAAAAUCAACGACGAAGGAAAACUGCCAUUAUAAAAAAAAAACCAAAAAAACGAAAUCCAAACAGCAACCGACAACAAUCGCGCAACUUGCAGUAAAUUUCCACAAAUUUACAACUAAACGACUGCCCACUACUCACACACACAGCGUACUCCUCCCUCCCCCGCCCGUUAACCCCGCCGAGGCACUUGAUUUGUGUUACUGUUGCUGUUCUUGUUCUUAUUGUCGUUGUUGUUAUUGUUGUUGGCGGAAAGUGCGUCAAAGAAGAAAGCACGAGCACAACGAGCGUCAGGCAACGCACUGAGAGUUUUAACUGCUGAGCAGGCCAAGUAUUGUGGGAGUCAGAGAGUGUGACAGGUCUCCAUACACAUGUAAAUAAAAAUAUAUAUAUAUAGAUAUAUAUAUAUAUAUAUACACAAAUAUAUAAAGAGAGAGAGCACCCAAAACGCAACUGAAAGAAAGUAAGCCAAAAAGAAAUACAAUUACAAAAACAAAAUGCCACAGUCAGAGGGCGGCUAUGUGUCGCUGCCAGCGACGAAUGGGAAUGGCAGCGCCAUCUAUCAGUCCACCACAGAACCACAGGCAGCAUCGCCCACCUCCGUUUUUGAGAGCGUGAAGCGUGCCAUUGGUCAGGCGAUCAAAUCCUCGCCAGGCGAUAGCGACGAGCUCGUGCGCACGGAUCGACCGGCUGUCAUUAUUGGUGGUGGUGCCAGUAUUUAUUUCAGAGACCGCGACAAAACUGGUAAGACACUGAACACCAAGAUGCCAUCAGCACCAACACACACUGCCGAGGAGGCACAUCUGCUGGGCACUAUGCCCGUUGAUCCCAUGGAUGACAUCGAACUGCGCUCGGUGCAGCUGCAAUUCCCCAAUGCACGCGGCUCCAUACUGGAGGCAUGCGAACAGCGACGUGUGCCCACAGACAAGGGUGACAUACAUGUCGCCAUACAGGGCGACACCUCAAAGCCGGCCAUAGUGACCUACCACGAUCUGGGACUCAACUAUGCCACCAGUUUUGCUGGCUUCUUCAACUUUCCGGUUAUGCGCGGCCUGUUGGAGAACUUCUGUGUGUAUCAUGUAACUGCACCCGGUCAGGAGGAGGGCGCGCCUACAUUGCCAGAGGACUAUGUGUAUCCAACGAUGGAUGAUCUGGCCGCACAGCUGCUGUUUGUGUUGUCGCAUUUUGGUUUGAAGUCGGUGAUUGGCUUUGGAGUUGGUGCUGGUGCGAAUAUUCUGGCACGUUUCGCCCACGGGCAUCCGGAUAAGGUGGGCGCCCUGUGCCUGAUCAACUGUGUGUCGACACAAUCUGGCUGGAUUGAGUGGGGCUAUCAGAGUUUCAAUGCGCGAUUCUUGCGCACCAAGGGGAUGACACAGGGCGUCAUCGAUUAUCUGAUGUGGCAUCAUUUCGGACGCAAUCCGGAGGAGCGCAAUCAUGAUCUGGUGCAGAUGUACAAGCAGCACUUUGAGCGCGGCGUCAAUCCCACUAAUCUGGCCAUGCUCAUCAAUGCCUAUAUUCAUCGCAAUGAUUUGCAUUUGGCGCGCACACCGCCAGGAACACCCGGUGCUGAGACGGCAGCCACUACGCUUAAGAUGCCCGUUAUCAAUAUAACGGGUUCGCUGUCGCCGCACGUUGAUGAUACGGUGACAUUCAAUGGUCGCUUGGAUCCAACAAACUCAUCCUGGAUGAAGAUCUCUGAUUGCGCUAUGGUGCUAGAGGAGCAACCGGCCAAGUUGGCCGAGGCCUUUCGGCUGUUCUUGCAGGGCGAGGGCUAUGUCCAACUUCAGAUACCACCCCUCAAUUGGUAUACAUUCGAAUGAGCAAAACAGUUAACUAUAAGUUAGUACCCAUUACUACUACUACUACUACUACUCUACUACUAUUACUACUACAACUACUACUCAGUUCAGUUCAAAUCAAUGCAGUAUUUCCGAUCAAUCAAGACUGUGUCUCGAGACAACCAAUCCCAACAGAUUGUUGUUGUCUCAACUGCCCUCCCCCCUCAAGCAAUGGACUCGAUUCAUUACAAUCAAAAAUGCCGCUGCAGCCUGCACGUGUGUUAUCUACAUAGAUCUUAUAGCAUAGAUCUUAUAUAGAGUUACAUUCAAGUCGCCUUUCUUCCCACUACUUUAACUAAACUUAGCCUAAAGACGCCUCAUGUUUGCAUAUUGAAAAUCAAAUUAGUUACGAAAAAAGCUUUUCAAGCGCUUUCAACAAGCAAUCGAAAUUUCUAAAACUAACCAAAAAUAACAUAAAUAUUGUUCAAAAUUUGAUAUAAGUAUUAUGAAUUGGCAAAAAAAGAAAAAAUGAAAGAAAAAAAAUAAAAACCAAAGAAAAAUUCUAUUUAUGUUGUUAGCCAAAAUAUUUGUACGCAUUAACAAAAAAAAAAAACGAAAAAUGGAAAAUGGAAAAACGAAAAUUAUGAUUAAAAUAAAUAAAAUUGAAAUCUUUAAAACAAAAAGUUGUUGAAACUCAAGCGUUUACUUCUUUCAAUACACCCCAAUCCCAAAAUUUUUUUUAGUUAGAGUGUUAGCCAGGUCGUGUAGGUCCCCAAAAAUACACACGAAUACAGCAAAAUUCUAAAACAAAAUUCAAAUCCCUCCCCCCCCUUAAAAAAAAAAAACCUACCAAACGCAUUUUCGUAUCGAAAAACAUGAAAAAAAAAUAUUUCAAUAUGUUCAUUACUUUGUUUUUCAUUUCUUUUUUCUUUCUCCAAACUGCUUGUUUUUUGCUAAACAACAUACAACAACAAAAACAAAAACAACAAAAUAAAAAUCCACCCUCCCACAACUACCUCCCCCAUCUCUCUUAAAACACGACACGCAACACACACACACACACACCUAAAAAAAAAUACACAUGCGAAAUAUCUUGUAACGCCUGGCCGACCAUCCUCGCCUGCCUCUCUCGUCAUGCAUCCAUCCAACAAAAAAAUAAAUAAUAAACCAUAUAUGCACACGACCUUGGGCGCCGAAACUAACCUUAAAAAAUAAAUUUACAAAAAAA